CUCAGCAUGAUUGAGUUCUUGAUUCUUAAAGUUAAAUAGUAGCACUAGUGCUUGUGUGUUUCUGCUAAAAGUUUUCAACUUUAUCAAUGAAGUUCCUUUUAUUCAAAAUAUACUCUUUUCUUGUGUUGUCAAUAAGUUUUUGUUAUGCCAUAAGGAUACCUCCUAAUAAGUCUAUUCCAGCAGUGAUAGUUUUUGGAGACUCCAUCGUUGAUACUGGUAACAAUAAUGGCCUCAAAACUAUAUUUAAGGUUAAUUAUCCUCCUUAUGGUCAAAAUUUCAUGGGAGGAAUACCAACUGGAAGAUUUUCUGAUGGCAAAGUCCCCUCAGAUUUCCUUGUGGAAGAAUUGGGAAUAAAAGACCUUUUACCGGCAUAUCUUGAUCCAACUUUACAAGCAGAAGAUCUCAUCACAGGAGUUAAUUUUGCUUCAGGAGGUGCAGGAUAUGAUCCUCUAACAUCUGAAAUUGCGAAAGUUAUAUCAUUAAGUAGACAAUUGGCAUUAUUCAAAGAGUACAUAGUAAAGCUCAAAGAGAUAGUAGGAGAAGACAGAAAGAAUGAAAUCUUGGCCAAUAGCUUAUUCAUAUUGGUCACAGGAAGCAAUGACAUUACCAACACGUAUUUCAGUACUCCUCUUCGAAAAUCAUACUAUAAUAUUUCAUCAUAUGCGGAUCUCUUGGUCAACUCUGCUUCCAGUUUUGUACAGGAUUUGUAUGAGCUAGGGGCACGUCGGAUUGGUGUUUUAAGCAUACCACCAAUCGGAUGUUUGCCAUCACAAAGAACACUGGAAGGAGGAGAAGAAAGAGAAUGUGUUGAUUAUUUGAACCAAGCCGCGCAAUUGUUCAACAGCAAGCUGGCAGCUGACUUAAACUCUCUUGGAAACAGAUUACCUAAUUCAAGAUUGGUGUAUGUAGACAUAUACAAUCUUACACUUGAUGUCAUCUACAACCCUCAAAAAUAUGGAUUCAAGAUUGCAGACAAGGGAUGCUGUGGAACAGGGAAAAUAGAAGUUGCAGAGAUCUGCACUUUUACGUGUUCGAGUGAUUCUGAUUAUGUUUUUUGGGAUAGCUUUCAUCUUACAGAAAAAGCAUACAGACUUUUAGCUCAUCAAAUUCUUUUUUCAUCAUUCAAAAUAUGUACUUUUCUAGUGUUGUCAAGCAUUUUUUAUGCACUUCUACUAUGCAAUGUCCAGGCAAUCAUAAAUAUACCGCGUAAUAAGUCUAUUCCAGCAGUGAUAGUUUUUGGAGACUCCAUUGUUGAUACCGGUAACAAUAACGGCCUCAAAACUGUAGCGAAGGUUAACUAUCCUCCUUAUGGGAAAGAUUUCAUGGGAGGAAAACCAACUGGAAGGUUUUCUAAUGGAAAAGUUCCUCCAGACUUGAUUGUGGAAGAAUUGGGAAUAAAAGAGCUUUUACCAGCAUAUCUUGAUCCAACUUUACAAGCAGAAGAUCUCAUCACAGGAGUUAAUUUUGCUUCAGGAGGUGCAGGAUAUGAUCCUCUAACAUCUGAAAUCGCGAAUGUUAUAUCAUUGUCCGGUCAGUUGGAAAUGUUCAAAGAGUACAUAGUAACGCUUAAAGAGAUAGUAGGAGAGGAUAGAAAGAAUGAAAUCUUGGCGAAUAGCUUUUUCAUAUUGGUCAUAGGAAGCAAUGACAUUACCAACACGUAUUUCAGUACCCCUCUUCGGAUAUCAUACUAUGAUGUUUCCUCAUACGCCGAUUUUUUGGUCAACUAUGCUUCUAGUUUUGUACAGGAUUUAUACAGGCUAGGAGCACGUCGGAUUGGUGUUUUGGGCAUACCACCAAUCGGAUGUUUGCCAUCACAAAGAACACUGAAAGGAGGAGAAGAAAGAAAGUGUGUCGAUUAUUUGAACCAAGCAGCACAAUUGUUCAACAGCAAACUGGCAACCGACUUAAGCUCUCUAGGAAACAAGUUUCCUGAUUCAAGAUUGGUGUAUGUAGAUAUAUACAAUCUUCUACUUGAUGUCAUCAACGACCCUCAGAAAUUUGGAUUCAGGAUUGCAGACAAGGGAUGCUGUGGGACAGGAAAAAUAGAAGUUGCAGAGAUAUGCACAGUUACAUGUUCCAGUGAUACUGAUUAUGUUUUUUGGGAUAGCUUUCAUCCUACAGAAAAAGCAUACAGACUUUCAGUUCAUCAAAUUCUUGUCCAACAUUUAAGUAGCUUCUUCUGAUAGACUUUUUUGGGAUAGCUUUCAUCUUACAGAUAACGCGUACAGACUUAUGGUUGGUCAUUUAUAUAUUAUUUUCUCACUUAGUGCA